AUGAAACUGCUUCCAAUACUCUGUUUGAGCGCAACUGCUGCUGCACUGCCGGCAUCAGUUGAUGUUUCUGCCCGAGCAUCCAUUUCAAAGGUUGACGGCCUGAAGUUCAACAUCGAUGGCACAACCAAAUACUACGCUGGUACAAACUCGUACUGGAUGCCCUUUUUAACCAACGACACCGACGUUGACAUCAUCAUGAGCCACCUCGCCGCCUCCGGGACCAAGAUCCUCAGAGUAUGGGGCUUCAACGACGUAGAAGGCGAGCCUGAUCCCUCCAGCGUCUACUUUCAAUCCUUCUCCGGCUCCACCGCCACCAUCAACACGGGCGCAAACGGCCUCCAACGCCUCGACGCUGUGGUCGCCUCCGCCUCAACCUACGGCAUAAAACUAAUCAUCCCCUUUGUAAACAAUUGGCAAGACUACGGUGGCAUGCACGCCUACUUCCGCGCCUGCGACGUCCUCAUCCACGCGCAGUGGUACACUAAGGCUGAAUGCCAGGCCAUGUAUCAGGCCUACAUCGCCGCCGUCAUAUCGCGGUACCGCGACUCACCUGCGAUUUUCGCAUGGGAACUCGCCAACGAGCCGCGAUGCAGGCUGUGUCCUACGUCCAUACUUACAAACUGGAUCAGGCAAACAAGCGAUUACGUUCGCUCGCUAGACCCUGAACACAUGAUCACUGUAGGCGAUGAAGGAUUCGGACUUGAAGGCGGUCCGUGGUUCCAGUAUCCAUACUGGUAUAUUGAAGGCAUAGACUGGGCUGCUAAUCUUGCUCUGCCGAAUAUUUCGUUUGGCACGUUCCAUCUGUAUCCCGAGCAUUGGCUUGUCGGCGGCUCGUUUGGCGACGAGUGGAUCACGUCGCAUGCAGAGAUUUGUGCACGGAUUGGGAAACCGUGUUUGCUGGAGGAAUACGGGGUUUCGAAGAGGGAAGAACAGUGUGCAGUGGAAGGGGCAUGGCAAGAGACUAGUUUAGGGCUCGGGGGAAGUGGUAUGGCGGGAGAUUUGUUUUGGCAGCUAGGAGAUACGGUGGUGAGUUCGGGGGAGGCGACGCAUGAUGAUGGGUUUACGGUAUACUACGGGAGUGAGCAGUGGAAAUGUUUAGUUGACGAACACGUUGAAUCUAUUGGGUGA